GAGGGACAGGAGCUGCUGCAGCUUUCUCUGGAAAGGAGCUAGGGAGGAGACCAAGUGCGGAGCCGGGCAGGAGGGCUUCCAGGGCUGGCGGGUCGCUCCAGACCUCCUGAACAACUGCCCUUGGCUCCUGCUUCUGCUGGUCAGCGAGGCCUGAGCCUGCCCGGCCCAUGGCGGUGUCAGCGGCUCUGUCGGUGGCGGCGGCGGCAGCGGCCCUAUCUGGUCUGGCGGUGCGACUGUCGCGCUUGGCCAUAGCCCCCGGCUCCUAUGGCGCCUUCUGCAAGGGGCUCACGCGCACGCUGCUCACCUUCUUUGACCUGGCCUGGCGGCUGCGCAUGAACUUCCCCUACUUCUACAUCGUGGCCUCCAUGAUCCUAUAUGUAGAAAAUCCCAAGAAAUGCACGUACACAAAAAAGCUGCUAGAUCCAUAA